AUGGACGCCAGAUCGGUCACGGGGCCUCCACAGCUGCCGACCCCGCCGGCACCUCUCCCCGCCGGCUGCUUCUGCCUGCCCAAGACCUCGUCGACGAGUCUGACCAAGUCCUUCACGGCGGUCCACGACUUCAGGGUGAGCGACUACUCGCUGCUGGAGGGCAUGGGGUUCGGCAGGUACGUCAGCUCCAGCACCUUCUCCGUCGGCGGCCGCGACUGGGCCAUCCGGUUCUACCCGGACGGCGCCACGGCGGGCUUGCUCGGCGACGUCUCGGCGUUCCUGUACUACUACAGCCGGGACCGGGACGCGCCCGGCGUCAGGGCCCGGUUCACCCUCAAUCUGCUCGAGAAAGACGGGAAGAUGCCCCCGGUCACCAACCCCUACAUGAAGCACACCUUCUCUCCGGCCAGCGACAACUGGGGCUUCACCAAGUUCAUGGAGAAGUCCAGGCUGCAGCAGGGCUCGCCGUACCUCGACAGGGACUGCCUCACAAUCAGGUGCGUACUGACGGUCCUGAUUGACUCCCGCACCGUGGCGAACGAGAUGAUCUCUGUUGUGGUCCCGCCGUCGAGCCUGCACCAGGACUUUGGGGAGAUGCUGAGCGAUGGCGAGGGGGCAGAUGUCACAUUCACUGUGGACGGCCAGUUGUUCUGUGCCCACAGAUGUGUCCUGGCUUUCCGCUCUCCAGUGUUUAGAGCGGAGCUCUUUGGUCCAAUGAAGGAAAAAGCUGAAAAUAUCAUCAGGAUCGAUGACAUGGAGCCAACAAUCUUCGAGGCUCUGCUUCAGUUCAUCUACACAGAUCGUCUGCCUGAUAGCUGUAGUGAUGGCCGGAAUCCGGCGAUCACGCACUUGUUGGUUGCCGCAGACCGGUAUGGAGUGGAGAGGCUAAGGUUGCUAUGUGAAAGUAAGCUCAGCGAAGUCAUUGAUGUGGAAACAGUGGCGACAACGCUAGCUUUAGCAGAGCAGCACAAUUGCUCGCAGCUGCGACGAGCCUGCAUUGGGUUCAUGGCCUCGCCAAACAUGCUUGGCCCAAUCAUGGAAACCGAUGGAUUCAAUCAUCUCAUUGCAAGCUGUCCAUUGGUUAUGAAGGAGAUUCUAGACAAGGUAAAGGCUCUUUUGGCUGAUUCGGAACGAAGUGAACUUUUGAGAAGACUCAGCGAAGCAAAUCAAUAUAACAGAUUCCUCAAGAGACAGGCUGCUGCAAAUGGUGGAAGAAUGUUGCCAAAAGGAUUGCUACCCUCGAGUUUGUCACACAAGGACAUCAAUUGGUGCCAUUGUGAAAGCCAGUUCAGGAAGCAAUACCCUGCUCGUGAAGGCAAGACGAACGAGAUGGGCAAGAGGCAACAAAGGUUUCAUGUGAAUACGGGCUUUGCUUUCAAUAGCUGUAUUGCUGACAAGAGGCCUCUUCAGGCGUGGAAUUACAUCUAG